CAGCUAGUUCUGGUCCUGCUCGGACGUUGAUUUGAAGUUCGAGGCAGAGUGUUUUGGAGGUAAAUUCCUACAAGGUGUGGUGUGUGCUGACUUAUUCAAGUGACAAAGGCUCUCUACAAGCUUGACAACAAUGGGAAAAACGAAGGGCACAGAGGUUGCAGCAGAUGCAAGCCCAGUGCCAAGGCGAAAGUCUCAACGAUUGUCAAGAAAAGAGACAGAAACUAAACCAGAGCCAACAAAGAAGGCGCCUAAGAACCAAAAGGUGAAGGAGGCAGCUAAGGACAAACCAGAGCAGAAGAAAGAGGAACCUCAGGAUGAAAAACAAGAGGACCCUGCUGAAAAUGGAGAGGCUAAAGUUGAAGAGGCUGCUGCAGAAGAUGGAAAGGAGGAUAAGACCGAAGAGGAUAAAGCAGACAAGUAGUGUCGCCUCAACUCACCUGCCCAUGCUCCCUGUACUUUCUUUAAUGUCAAGUGCACAUCAUGUUUUCAACUGGUAUUUUUUUGGGGGGACAGCAGCAUUUUUAGAGACAUCAGUGCAGGAACGCAUUUAAAUCUUUUUUCUUCAAAUGCCAUUUAAUUUCAUGGCUUCUGUGAAGGGAAUGUUUUUACCUUUGUCUUUGGGUUUUAUUUCACCUUUGUUUUCCUCCCUUGUGGGCUUCUUUAGCUUUUUAUUAGGCUGUAGUCUUCAAUCGUCAUCAGAAAUCUGAUGUAAAACAAUGCGUUAACACGGAACUUCUCAAGGGAUUUUGUAAAAUGCUGUUUUUAACAAUAUGUAAAACACAAUCCCUCUGGUUGUUAAACUGAAUGUUUGAAUGUGUAUUUUGGAACGAUAAUUCUUUUGUUGACUGUAAAAUCAUAAUUUUUGGUCCUAGAAUGCCCAGCAUGAUUGUGUAUGUUGCAUCCUUAAGAACCUGCACAGCUGAUGUUUAAACUUCUCCUUUUCAACAACAACAAAAUUAUAUUGCCAUCUAUAUGGAUCCAGUGAUGGUAUAUUUUUGUUUUAGCUAUGCUCCAUGCUUGCUCACUCUGUUGCCACUACUGUCAACAAUAUGUACAGUUGACAAAUUUGUGGCUAUACUUAUUGUGACUUUGGGACAUCUCGAUGUACAGUUUUGUUGUUGUUUGUUUUUUACAGUUAAUAAAAAGCAUUCUUUUA